AGAUAUGCCCAAUAGCUAAAUGGCAGCAGCAAUGGAUUCGAGUUCACUAUGUCUUCCCGAGUUACAGCUCCGGCUGUCGGGGUCUAAUUUGGAGGCGUUCCUGUAUACGGUGCUGUUUCCGCCGAUUUGUCUGUUCGGAGUGGUGGGCAAUGCGUUGACAAUUCUUGUGCUGGUUAACAACGAUUUUAUGUCAAGAGCCAACAUCUUCCUGACAUGCCUGGCCGUAUGCGAUGUCUCCUUCCUGAUUCUGAUCAUUCCGCACUCGCUGGCAAAUUUUGACCGAUUCGCGUUCAACUACACCUUCAGGUACCUGUACCUACCGUCUAAAAUGCACCUCAUUGCAUUUGCCAAUUGGACAUCUGCCGUGGCGAUAUGGCUCGUCGUCGGUGUGUGCUUCGAACGUGUGGCCGGAGUACGGUCUCCGCUCCAUCGGCUGACAACUCCGUCACGUGGCAAACUGACAACCGGCCUACUGACAUUGCUGACAUGUUGUGCCGCAUUGACAUUCUACAAUCAUGUCAGCCAUCACUGCUUCAUCAAGUCGUUUUGCAACGCAACACAGAUUAUGGCCGUCUGUUUGGACGUCAAUUUGGAUGUAUGGCCCAACAACCGUACAAACAUCUCACCGCCGGCGUUGCGUACCUACGUGGCGGCGACGCGUGCCGCCAACGCGGCUCUCGUAGUGUUUCUGCCGAUGAUUCUCCUCGUCGUGCUCAAUAUGAUGCUCUUGUACUAUGUAAAAAAGCGAUCAUUUUUCAUGUACGCCUCACUGGGAAGGGUCUCGGCACGAAUGCGGAAGUCCGGCGGUGACGUGGCACUUCCGUUUGUGGGGACACUGUUUAGGAGGCACUCGGAUCAGAUUCUUCAGCAACGAACCGAGCACCGAGUGGCCGUUACGGUAUGUGCCGUGGUGACGUCAUUCACAAUAACUCAGGCACCGUCCGCUGUGGUGUUAACUGUAAAUUCGCUGCUCAAGGAGCGGCUCGACGCGCAUUGGUACCACAUGACAACAAUUACCUCAUUCUUGGUUGUAAUCGGAAAAAGUUUGAAUUUCGUCGUUUUCUGCCUAUCAUCUUCCAGUUUUCGGAGGCGGUUAACAAAUACGCUACGCUCGAAAUAUGGGUCUCGAGACGAAAAACGUUCCCACUCAAUCAACACCACCUACACCCGUUGCGAUAGCCGAGAUUCGCGGAUUUUAUCCCAGAAAAAAUCGUUCCAAAGUAUUUAAGCUCUCCACUCCCGGCGGAUUUUUUGGGUCUGCUAAAUAUUUAGCAGACCCAAAAAAAAAAUUUCGCAAAAAAUUAUUAUUUUCCCCCCCCCGAUUCACUUGUUCAAAUGGGUAUUCGAUCUCUCUCUCUGUUUUAUCAUAAUUUUGAUUGAAAAAAAAAAAAAUUUUUCGUA